AUGUUAUCCGUUUAUAUUCAUCGUUUUAAACGAUAUUUUAAGACUUUGACCCAAAAAAACGAUAUUUUAAGACAGAGAAAGAAAUCUGAUAGAGUUUGUGACUGAGCAAUAUAAUGCUGACACCUGUCCAAUCCCAUGAGACAUGACUUGUCACGCUUUCUCCCUCUCAUACAACUCACAAGCUCUGCAUAGCUCAGAUAUAUAUGGGUGAUGGGUCCGAUAUAUAUACCCAACUUGGAGCUUCCAUUUUAUUAAAAUGUUUUAUAAUCUGUUGGCUCUAAUAUAUAAUUCCGUUUGUUCAAAAAAUACAUUUCCCGAUUGACAUAGAUUUCAAAUGUGUGCAACAAUUUUUCUUUUUUUAUAAACGGUCAAAGCAAGUGUUGGUAAACUAAAAGAACAACCACGGUCAGUGCAUACAAACCAAAAAGUAUCAUCAAAUAUUGAAAUUUUAAUUAAAAGUCUGUACCAUAUACAAACCAAACGUAUUUAAAUAAGUUUAAUUAUUAUCGAUUUCAACAGUUGUCUGAACCUUUGUUUUGGCCUAAUAUCUCUAUGGACAAGCUUAUUCAUCCUUUGUGUGCUAUGCCCAAAUUAGAUUAUGAAAUGUUCUCGAGUAAGAAAAAAGUUCAGAACAAUACAAAAGAUCGCCGGGUUUCUCAGUUUUCGGCCACAAAACAGUAAUUAAAAUCGCAAUUGUAUGGAAAUGAAUUAGUUUAUCUUGUUAAAUAGAAUCUCAAGAGGAAAAAUAUAUAUAAUUGUAUUACUAUCAACUUGCAGUAAAGAAAGAAAGAAUUUUUUUGCUAGAUAUGCACUUGGAGACUAAACAUAGAUACAAGCGGACACAUAAUUUCGAAUACCUAGAUAUAGCAUAAUAGAAAGCCAAUGUUCUCAUGGUUUUAACUUUUAAAAUAUGUAAGUUUUUAUAAUAUGCAAUUGUGAUUAGAAGAAGAAGAAUAAAGCAAGAAAGAAAUAAGUAAACACUUGAAAGUUGAACGUGAUUCAAAAGGACGUGAUCUUUAAAAAAGUGAGAUUAAACAAAAGUUUUAAUUAUUUGCCUGUUUUUUUCAAGCAUCUCUUCCCCACCCACUCUUUACAUUAAGGAUCAUGACAAUAGUUUACUAACUUCACUAUGAAAUUAUCAACAUUUUUAUCUUUAUAAAAAAUCUUCAAAAUUACAUCAAAACUUUAGUUAUAUGGUUAUGUAAUUUUUCUUCCUCGUUUAACAUUUUUUUUUGUUUGAAUAGUUCCCAUCUCGCUGUCUCUUCUUCUAGACCCCAACCAUCAUUCCAGAAAUGACUGGUGAAAGUCAAGAAGCUCUCUAGUCUAUUUCUCUCUCUCCAAGACAAUUAACACCAAAGCCUAAAGUUGUGUUUAUUAGUUCUCUUUUCCUAUGUUUUCAUCAGCAAAGCAUCAAAGAAACCAUAGAGUCUCUGCUCCAAACAAGAACAAGAUUCUCAACAAAGUUCCUUCCAUUUCAUCCUCAUCAUCUCCUUCACACUCUCAAGUCCAGAAGAGAUCUCUAAUCACCAUGGAAGAAGUUUGGAAAGACAUCAACCUUGCUUCCAUUCACCACCUUAACCACCACAGCCAACAUCCACAACACAACCAUGAGCCAAGGUUCAGGAGCCAUAACCAAAACCCUAACUCCAUCUUCCAAGAUUUUCUCAACAGACCUUUAAACCAGGAACCAACCAUACCCACAAGCCUCAGUGGCGAUACCACCACCGUCACUGCUCUCUUCAGCAGCUCUCCUUUGGCACCUCCUGCAACUGUUCUGAGCUUGAAUUCCAGUGCCUGCUUCGAGUUUCUUGAUAACGAAGAUCCUCUUGUUACCCCUAACUCCAAUCUGCAUAGCCACAAUCACCUCACAAACGUUUGUUCAUUGGACACCCCUUUUGAGGCUCUGGUUACAUCCACUUCUUUUGGUAAGAAAAGAGGCCAAGAGUCUAAUGAAGGUUCAGGGAAUAGAAGACAUAAGCGUAUGAUCAAGAACAGAGAAUCUGCGGCUCGUUCCAGAGCUAGGAAACAGGCUUAUACAAACGAGUUAGAGCUUAAACUUGCUCACCUGAAAGCAGAAAAUGCAAGACUCAAGAGACAACAAGAUCAGUUAAAAAUGGUGGCAGCAAAUCAGCAACCCAAAAAGAACGCACUUCAAAGGUCGUCCACAGCUCCAUUUUGAGAAAUCUACAUGUCCUUUAUUUCUCUUUUGGGGAUUUGAGAGUCUUUCAUGAAGAAGUGAAAAAAUGGAAAAAGUUUAUUAGCUAUAAGUAACUAAGGUAUUUUUGUAAACCUAAGAUAUUGCAGGGGAAAGAACUUGGUAAAAAAAAACAGAAAGAGGAAAGGAUCUUUGUCUUUCUAUUUCCUAAGGCACAGGAACACCUGUCUUGGGCCUCUUUCCUCUUGUUCUGUCAUUUUCUUAUGCACUAACUUGUAUUUUUGUAGUAAUGCUACUUCCUCUUCUAAUGUUAGUUUGAAUUUUUUACAUAUUA